GCACACCACAAGUUAAGAACGAAAAAAGCAAAGCAAAACAGAGUUGUUUAAUCGAGUAUUGAAUUUUUAGCUUACUGUGUGAAAAAAUUGCAACAUUUCAAUGGCGUCGUCGAAGCAGUUCAAGGAGGAGAGAGCCGAGGCAGAGGCGAGGAAAGCCGCGCUUGAUCUGAAAGAUGUCAACAGAGAAAGAGAGAACCAAACAGCUGGGGUGAAGAUGGACAGGGACAUGUACGGCCAGCCAAGAGAGUCGUCUCAUGUGCAACAAGAAGCGAAGCCUGGUGUUAUUGGUUCUGUUUUUAGAGCUGUAACCGGCACACUGGAGCAUGCAAAGGACGCUGUUGUGGGCAAAAGCCACGACGCUUCUGAUGCAGCAAGAGAGCGUUCUGAAUACACCACACUGAAGGCAAAGGAGACAACUGAUGCUCCUGGUGAGAAACUGGAUGAGUAUAAGGAGGCCGUGGCUCAGCCUGCGAAGGAGGCUGCAGAUAGAGCGGCCAAGAAGACGAUGGCGAUGAAGGACACUACUGCACAGAAGGCCAAGGAGACAGCGGACAAGGCGAGAGAGACCAAGGAGUCUGCUAAGGGAAAUGUGAAUGAGUACGCGGGUUAUACUGCGCAGAAGGCCACAGAGGCUAAGGAUGCUGCGGCGGAGAAGGCCAAGCAGACGAAGGACUAUGUUGCCGAUACCGCAAAUGAAGCAGCAGAGAAGGCGAAAGAGACUAAAGAUGCAGCUAUGAGGAAGGCUGGGGAGUAUACUGAUUACACUGCUCAGAAGGCCCAGGAGGCCAAGGAUACCACAGUAGGGAAGGCUAAAGAGUACACCAAUUAUGCUGCUGACAAGGCCAAGGAGGGCAAGGACACUACCGUGGGGAAGGCCAGUGAAUACACGAACUAUGCUGCGGAGAAGGCAAAGGAGGCCAAAGACACUACAGUAGAGAAAGCGAAGGAAGCCAAGGAUACUACGGCAGAGAAGACGAAAGAGACCGCAGAGGCAGCCAAAAAUAAGACUAACGAUGCUGCGGAGUAUACGGCUGAGAAAGCAAAAGAAGGGAAGGACACUACUAUGAGCAAGUUGGGUGGGCUCAUGAAUUACUUCACCGGUAAGAAAGAAGAGACCAAAGAGAAGGCUGCAGAGACGGCCGAGACUGUCAAAGAGAACACUAAACAGAUGGUCGACACAGCGAAGGAGAAGAAUAAAGAGACUGCGGAGGCAACCAAACAUAAGACCAGAGAGGCAGCCGAGAAAACCAAGGAAACGUUGAGCGAGACCGAGGAGGAUGCUAGGAGAAAAAUGGAGGAGUUGAGGCUAAUGGAGAAAGGUUAUGAAGCGCGAGCAGGAGACAUGGACCGUGAGACUGAGGCAGAUAAGGGCACUGCCGCCAGGAGCAACAUUUUCAGUACACUUGGGAGUGUGACUGAUGCUAUCAAGAGCAAGCUGACUCAUCCAAGCGAUGUGGUAGGGGAGUCGCGUGCCACACAUCAGGAUGUACCUGUGGAGAAGGUGGAAAUCGACAUCAAGGACACUCGCCCAGGGGCUGUUGCGGCGGCGCUUAGGAAGUCCGACCAUCCUGGUCAAAUGGGAGAUGAGGGCACAGUGGUUGUGGAGCGGCGCGUGGUGGAUGAGGCCGGAAAUGUGCGCGUGGACCGCAGCGGCAAGAUGUGAUCGGUCGAGUCCACUGUGUGUAGUGUGGACCUUUUAUGAUGUUGUGCAUUUUCGGUUUUGGCAUGGCUAGCUAGUCGUUUUUGGAUGUGUGUGUUUCUACUGCAUAAACUGGCUUCGGCCCUCUUUUGUAUUUUGUAUAUGUUAAUGCCUUAAUGGUAAGGGCGACUAGCCUUUGGUUUCUCGAAGU